GCUAGGAUACUAAGAGAUAGGAGCUGCAAUAUAGUUACUACAGCAACACAAUGCAGACAUUCCUCUACAACAGGGAAGCAGAAGACUAGCAAACCUGGGAUAUUUCAUGUGAAUGCACUGAGCCCUGGAAGAUACCAUAUAUCUCACUGAUUGGACAUCAAGUCGGAAGUUAUAUUAGAUUGUAAAAAAAAAUUUGAUUGAAAAAAAGAGAAAAAAGGCUAUAUCCCUUUAAGACAUUUGAUUUUAAAAGAUAAUUUAAUGACAAAUAGUAAAGAAACAAGUCAGGUUGUAAAAAAAACAGAUGUUAACUCAGUAUCCGAAGGUCGUAGAAUUGUGAGGCCAGAGACAGCUAUAUUAGUGAAAAGAUCAACCAAAACCAUGUCAAGGAAGGAAGAAAAAAGACCAGUUAUUGCUCCUCUUAGACCAGGUUUUAAAGUCUGCUAUAUUUGUGGCAGAGAAUUUGGUUCAAAGUCAAUUGCCAUUCAUGAACCCAAAUGCCUAGAAAAAUGGCAUGUAGAAAACGAAAAUCUCCCCAAAAAUCUCAGACGAGCAGCUCCAAUGAAACCUCAGGUUUGUACAGAUAGCUCACAUGAUGCAAUGAAUGAGGCUGCCUGGAAAUGUUCCCAAUCACAGCUUUUACCAUGUGAGAAUUGUGGUCGUACAUUUCUUCCAGAUCGACUUCUUGUACACCAAAAAAGUUGCAAACCAAAUGGUAAGACUUUAGGAUCUCCGCAUUCCACAACUAGCAAGACAUUAACAAAUCCAAAUUCUGUGCCAGAAUCUAAAACGGCCAGUGAGUUUUCCAGUGUAAUGAAUCCUCACAAUCCAGUGAAGCCAAGGACAUUGAUUUGUUACAUAUGUGGACGGGAGUUUGGAACUAAAUCUCUCCCAAUACAUGAACCGAAAUGCCUUGAGAAAUGGAAAAUAGAAAAUGAUAGGUUACCUAAAGGACAGCGAAGACCUGUUCCUCAGAGGCCUCAAGUAGAUUUGUCUAAAGGAGCAAGUCGUGAAGUGCAAAAUGAAGCUGCUUGGCAGAGUUUUAAGGAUCAACUGUUAACAUGCUCAAACUGUGGCAGAAGCUUUGCCAGUGAUCGUCUUGUAGUCCAUCAAAGAAGUUGCAAAACUAAGGCUGGAGGUCCAAACAAGAAAAAUAUACUAAAUGCUAAACCAAUGUCCAAAAAUGAGGAUUCUGAUGUUCCAAAUCAAAAGCCACCAGUUGUAAAGCCACCCCCAACAGUUAUAUGCUACAUUUGUGGUCGAGAGUUUGGAUCAAAAUCUAUCAGCAUCCAUGAACCUCAGUGCUUGAAGAAAUGGCAUCUAGAAAAUGACAGAUUGCCAAAGAAUUUACAAAGACCGGAACCAAAGAAGCCAGAAGUCAGACAGAUUGGAGCAAAAGGUUCCUAUGAUCUUGUUGCUUUAAAUGAGGCUGCUUGGCAGAGUGCCCAGAGCCAACUGGUUCCAUGUGAUAUUUGUGGACGCACCUUCCUGCCAGACAGACUUCUUGUCCACCAGCGGUCCUGUAAAGUGAAGAAAACAUCGUAGUGUGAUUACAGCCCUGUCUAAUAAGUACAGUACUGGACUUGUGGGAACGGUGAACUCUCUGCACAGUAAGCGUGCCUUCAGGUUAACACAUUAUACUAUUAUAUUACCAGUGGAGCCACUUCCAUGGGAUGUCAUGAAAUGGAGAGAAGG